UUAAUCUUCAGCUGGCUGUCAGUCAACUCCUGCUUGAUUUAUUGAUUUCAAUUGGUUUUCAGUCUCGAACGAAGUUUUCUGAUAUAAAACAAAUAGCUACUUUAUUCUCUGAGUGAUUUGUUGGAAAAUAUUUAGCAAAUUCUUUCAGCAUAAAAGUCAUGGAUUCCUACUACUUGGGUGUGGAUGUUGGAACUGGUAGCGUUCGUGUCGGUGUUUUCAAUGCAAAUGGAAAACUUUUAUAUUCCAAUUCAAAGGAUAUAAAAAUUAACAAUCCUUCCCCUGGAUAUUACGAACAGUCGAGUGAAGACAUUUGGAGUGGAGUAGUCCAACUUAUUAAGGAAGUGGUAACGUCUAGGAUUGUCGAGAAGGAACGAAUUCGUGGUAUCGCAUUUUGUGCGACCUGUUCUCUCGUCGCUGUUGGGCCGUCAAACGGGGUCGAAAAAAUCUCAAUCAGUGAGAAUGGAGACGAGGAGUGGAAUAUUAUCAUGUGGCUUGACCACAGGGCCGGAGACGAAGCCAAUUUUAUCAAUGAAAAAGGUCAUCGUGUCCUGGAUUUUGUAGGUGGGAAAAUCUCGCUAGAAAUGCAAACCCCAAAAAUACUCUGGCUAAAGAGACAUCUGCCUCAAUCGUAUGAAAGGACGGAUCAAUUUUUUGACCUUCCGGACUAUUUGAGAUGGAGAGCGACCGGAAGUUUAAAGAGAUCAAUUUGCUCGGUUGUCUGUAAAUGGACUGCAGUGAACACACCAAAAGACGGGUGUGCUUGGGAUUCUACGUUCUUUAAGUCUGUCGGACUUGAAGACGCCCUUCUGAAGAUUGGAUCGAAUUUUUCGUAUCCGGGGGAUUGUGACCCGUUGGGAGCAGAAGCAGCAAAGGAAAUGGGUUUAGAAGGGAUCGAUGUCAACGUUGGUUAUUCGCAGAUUGAUGCGCACUCUGGGGUUUUGGGGAUGAUGGGUUGCACAGUGGUUGGAGAAGAGAGAAACGAAUUGGAUGUCACGAAACGACUAGCACUAAUUUGUGGCACCUCAAAUUGUCACAUGGCGUUGAGUCGGGAGGCAUGCUUAGUCCCAGGAGUUUGGGGGCCCUACUAUGGCGUCAUUCUGCCCGAUUUUAAUUUAAACGAGGGAGGUCAGAGUGCUGCUGGAAAGUUGUUGGAUCAUAUCGUUUCCUGCCAUCCGGCAUAUUCAAGAAUGAUGAAGGAAUACAAGAACCACGGAAAGGUGCUGGUUGGUCUGGAAUCAUUUCUAACGUUGGGAGAAUCUAAAGCAACAACUGAGCUGACAAAAGAGCUUCAUAUAUAUCCAGAUUUUCAUGGAAAUAGGUCUCCACUUGCUGACCCCACUUUAAAGGGAAUGAUGUCUGGGCUGACACUUUCUGACUCGGAGGAAGACCUUGCAAUCCUUUAUCUUGCAACGAUACAAGCACUGGCUUAUGGCAGUCUCCACAUUAUGCGUGAACUAGAGAAAAACGGGCACACAUUUGACUCUGUUGUAAUUUGCGGAGGUCUGACAAAGUCACGACUGUUUCUCCAAAGCCAUGCAGACAUUCUUCAACUCCCUGUUUUGGUGCCACAUUGCGCUGAACCCGUACUUCUGGGAGCUGCAAUCUCAGCAGCGGCCGCAACACCAUCCAAGACUUUGGAUCUUACCAGAGUUGUCAGCAUGUCGGGAGGUGCAGAGUUAAUUUCUCCAAAUCGGAAUGUGUUUGCAUAUCACGAGAAGAAAUUUGCCGUUUUUCUGGAGAUGUACAAGGAUCAAACCAAAUACCGAGAGUUAAUGAAGAUUUAGCACAAAUCCUUGGUUGCAUUGAUUAUUCCACGUUCAAUAAUUUUAUUGCUUUGUAAGUAAAUCAUGCAAUAAAUUGAAAUACACAGACAUAAAA